CUUUUUAGGUGGUUGCACAGGAGCUUGAACGACGUAUUUCAGUGAAAACUUUGGGUGUGUUUGUGACCAACGAACGGCUGGAUAUUUCGAGAAAUAGGCUACUUCGAGAGAUAUUAAUCGCUUAAAGACUAUUUUGGGAACAUAAAAUGAGAAAUCGACAGAGAACCACUGCCAGGGGAGUCCCCAGGGAGGUCCUGGAAAUGGCGUCGGUGGAAGUCCUGGACAAGGGCCAUUCUGUGAGGGCCGUUGCCAAAACGUUUGAGAUAUGCCACGUCACUCUGCAAAGAUACAUCAGAAAAGUCAAGGAGCUGAAAGAGACGGGGAGCAUGGACACUUCGUCUAUUCAUGUCGGAUACAGAAGCCAUAAGCAGGUGUUCCAGCCAAUCCAGGAAGCGGAGCUCCUGGCGUACCUCACUGAAGUGUCUGGAGUGCACUGUGGGCUGUCUUCCAUAGAGGUACGGAGGUUUGCGUUCCAGCUUGCCAAGCAUAACCAGCUGAAAUAUCCGGAAGCAUGGGACGUGAAGGAGAUGGCAGGGAAGGAUUGGUUUACUUCGUUCAUGAAGCGGAACCCCAUGUUCCCCAUCAAGAACUCCCCAGCUACCGGCCAAGCGAUAGGCUUCAACAGGGAAAACGUCUCCAACUUCUUCAAGAACCUGGCGACGGUCCUUCAGUGCGAAAACCUGGAGGCCAAAGACGUGUGGAACGUGGACGAAACGGGCAUCACCACGGGCCAGGCCCCCGAGGAGAUGGCGUCGACGGAGGACGGCGAGCAGACGGAAGGCGCUGCCAUGGGGAGCCGGGGCGCUCUGGUCACCAUGGCCGUGGCGGUCAACGCGCUGGGCAACAGCGUCCCGCCCCACCUGGUGUUCCCCACCAAAACCUUCUACCGCCAUUUCAUCAGGGAUGCGCCCACCGGGUCCAUCGGCUCGGCCAACGGCUGCGGGCGGAUGCAGGAGGCCGAGUUCCUGGUCUUCCUCCACCACUUCGUGAAGCACACCAGGGCCUCCGUUUCCGGAAAGGUCCUGCUGCUCCUGGACAACAACUCCACGCACAUGUCCGCGGAAGCCAUGGACUACUGCGACGCCAACGGAGUUGUUCUGCUCGCCUUCCCCCCGCACUGCUCUCACAAGCUGCAGCCCCUGGUGCGGGGCGUGUUCGGCCCGUUCCGGAAACAUCUACACACCGCCAUGGACUGCUGGAUGAAGACCCACCCGGGAAUGACCUCCAACAUUUACGACCUCCCGGGACUGAUCGCCCAAGCGUUGCCUAUUUCCAUUACCCCAAGGAACAUCACCUCCGGCUUCCGCUGCACCGGGAUAUGGCCGUUCAACAGCAACAUCUUCAGCGACGAAGACUUCGCUCCCAGCUCGGUCGCCGAUUUGCCGGACCUGACCACCUACGACGCCGCUACCGCCAAUUCCGAUGCAGCAGACCCGGCCGUCACCACCUUGCAACUUCCGUCUCUCCCGUCGACCUCGACCGGAGCGUGCAGCCCUUUCCGAGUGGUGGAGUUGAGAACGGCCGCCGCCCGCUGCAGACACAGGGAAUCCGCCGCCGCUCCCGUGGGCACCCCCGUCAACCCCGCCCGAGAGGAGGAAGCAGAGCGGGAAAAGGAGGGGCAGGCCGAGCCAAAAGCUAAAGGCCUGGCUCAAGUGAAGAGCGAGGCGGAGGAAGACACUGACCUGACGUCAGAAGGGGAUUCCAACUGUCUGUUUUGCGAUGACUAUUACCUCACGACCGUCGUGUGAAAUGAGACAGCGGUCUUUCAUAUCUUGGCAAUAAAAUUUAAAUUAACAGCUUGUUGACUGUUGGUUGACAAAUUGAUUUGUUUUACACACAUCUGACCUUCGUAAUGAUAGAUUUAACCGAAUUUAACAUCGAUUAAAAAAUAGCGUGGGCUACCUUUCUUUAUGUUCACAUAUGGCAUUGAUACGGCUCUGAAAAGAUAAGGGAUUCAAAGGGAACCUGAGAAAAUAGAUUUUCACCAAUACGGAUAUGACAAAUGUAUAAAUGUAAAUAGAUUAAAGAUUGCAUAUCACGUAACAUCAAAUUGCACCAAAUUACCUUAUUUUGCCUGAACCUUUUUUAGAUAUUAAGGCUUAAAUGUGUCCCCCACUGUUUUUUUGCCCUCCUGUAGGAUUUCACUUGGCCACUACUUUUAGUCAAAUUUCUAGCAAAUGGUUUGGCCCAGAAAAAUGGUAGGGUGUGUAAUGCCAAGGGAUGUAGAUUGUUCAUAUUAAAUGACAAAUCUAGCCCCAAUGUUGAAAUUGAUAUGGCAUGGCAUUUGUAUAUUUACAUUAUUAUUUUGGUGAAAAUGCAAUCAAUAUGCUUUAUAGCA